CUUUUAUCUUGUUCUUCACUGGGCACCGGCUGGCUCGGGGGACAGUCGAAACCCGGAGUUUGUUCGAAUUUCGUGAGUUAAAUUAUUUUGAAAAAUUAUUGAGUGACAUACUGAAUGGUUCAAGAUGAAUCCCGUGGAUAAAAAGUGCACAAUUUUUGUGUUACCACCCACUCCGCCGACUCCGCAGAGCCCUGUUCAUUCGCAUAAUUUUGAAAUCGAACGAUUUUGGAAUUACUCCAGUUGCGAGCAGUUCGAUCAUGAAGAAAGUGUUGUUGGAAAUAAGAAUCAACAAUUGAGAUGGCAAUAUCAAUCCCCGGAAAGUUUAAACCUCAAUUACCAAGACCUUCCACCGGAGCAAGAUACCAGGUACUAUUCAACCCUCUGCCAAUACCCAACAAGUGUCAUAUGCGGUGUCCACAACUGGGAGGUCUCAUACCAAGAGGCCACAAUACCAUUGCCAUCGGAAAACGGUACACAGAUUCCCAUGGAUUACGAUCAGUCCGAACAUUCCACGGAUAACCAGGAUGACCAUACCAUCAUUCUACCCAAGCAUACCCAAUAUGAAGUGAAAACAAAUUGCAAAAAGAAUUACGACGCGAAAGCCAGGAAGGAGAGGACAGCCUUCACGAAACAACAGGUUCGUCAUUUGGAGUAUGAGUUUGGGCACAGUAAUUAUUUGACGAGAUUACGGAGAUAUGAAAUUGCGGUGGCCCUUGAUCUAACCGAGAGACAGGUAAAGGUCUGGUUUCAAAACCGUAGAAUGAAAUGGAAACGAACGAAGAACGUGACAGAAAGCAAAAAAUCCAUGGGUAUGUCCCCAAUAAUCGAUUCGAAUUCAGACAGCUCGGGAGAAAUUUUCUAG